AAAAUCAGCAACAUUUCAAAAACAAACGAACAAUCACCCAGGUCACCUAGUAAGUUUAUUUUUCUUUUUUGUUGACCUCAAAAGCGCAUCUUGUCUGACUGGCAAAUAAAAAGCAGCCUCUUUUGGGUGACUAUCUUUGUUACUUGUAAUUUUGCACCACCUAGUGGCCGAAAGGAAGUCGUCGUGGGAGAAGAAAGGACAAUAGGACGAUGAGUUUUCUUCCUUUUUCAAACAUGAAGCAACCGCAGGAUGAUCAACAUUCUGGACAUCUGCUUUUACGUGACAAAAAUAAGCGGAAAAAAAUGGACAUGCGUUUGCACGCCACUUUGUUCCUUCUCUUGCUCCCGUGUCCCAACGGCGCCACGCCGCCCCACGCGGACUGUCCCGACAAAUGCCAGUGUUUCACAGCGGCCCGAGUCCUGUGCGCCGACGAACACAUGACGUCCCUGCCGGCGAACCUGUCCCAGGAAGCCGUGGAAGUGGUGGUCAUGACGUCGGCCUUGCAGUACUUGUUCCCCGGCGCCUUCGAGGAGAGUCCCCAACUCACCAAGCUGGUCUUCCUCAACAACCCGCUGCGGAGUAUUCAUUCUCAGGCUUUCCGAAACCUGUCUGAGCUUCGGGAACUGGAGAUCAGCGGCAGUCCUUGGCUGGAUCAUUUGUUUCUGGGGACUUUUUCCGAGCAGGGCAACCUGACCGAGCUGCAGCUCAACUAUAACAAGUUCCAGACUUUUCUUCCCGGUUCCUUUGAUUCUCUAGAACGUCUGGAGAGCCUGCAGAUGAAGGCUAACGUCAUAUCGGACUUACCUGUGUCGUUGUUUCGGAACCUCAGGAAUCUCCGGGUGUUGGACUUAUCUCUUAAUAAAAUCCCGAAAGUGGAAAAAGAGACUUUUUCCGGUUUGAGCGCUGUAGAGAUUCUCAAACUGAGCAACAACCGCAUCGCGAAUAUUUCGUCCGACGUUUUCUGUCAUGUCCCUCGACUGACGGAGCUCCACUUGGAGGGCAACGGAAUAUCCCGCCUCGCCGACGGAGUGUUCUCGGCGCUGGCCGACUUGACGGUGCUGAACCUCCGCGGAAAUCGUCUCAUGAGUUUCAGCGAUACGGCCUUGGGGCCGGAGAGUUCCAAUCUAACGCAUUUGGACUUGAGAGGGAACAGGCUGACAGAGCUGUCCCAUUUUGGCACGCUGACGUCGUUGACUGAGCUUCUGUUGUCAUCCAACGAGCUGGCGAGCCUUCCCCGAGACCUUUUACAAAACGUCAGCGCGCUGGAGAAUCUGGAUCUCUCUGAAAACCGCCUUACGUCGUUACCGGACGGGAUUUUCUACGGGCUGAAGAGCCUGAAAAUAAUUUACCUCCAGAAAAACCAGCUGACCGACUUGGAUAGUAGAUUGUUUAAGGACCAGGAAAUGAUUCAGCAGCUCUACCUGUCCUACAACCGGCUGCAAAACCUCCCUCUGGGCCUCCUGGACCGCUUUGCGCUCCCGCACAUACUGAGGCUACACGGAAACCCUUGGAAGUGCGACUGCCACCUGUGGUAUCUGCACGAUUUCGUGCUGAACAGCCACCGGGACGUGGAAAUGCCGGACAGGGUGGUGUGCGAGAGUCCCCGCUUCCUGCGGAUGCGACCGCUGGCGUCCAUCCACAGGGAAGAACUCGUCUGUCCCUUGGCCGACGGCGACCCGACCGACCUGAGCGCGUGUAUCCUUCGCAAAUCGGCCAACUCGCUAGUCAUCCGGUGCAAAGUGGAGAAAUGUUCUACGCUGGCUGUUCAAGUACAAUAUCUGGGAGACGACGGCGCCGUUCAUGAGCACUUGUGGAAAAAGAACAAUUCUCUGUGCGCUAAUAUAACAGUAACUCAAGCUCCCAUUCCGUAGAGUUCAAUCGAUUUUGUCACAAUGCGUUCUCAAAUAAAGCAGUCACCAGAUGUGUUCGGCACCUCGCUCGAUUCUGCAAACAAACUGAUUACCAGGUUUUUUUUUUGUUUUUGACAAGGUCCAAAGGUUCACUCCUUGUCUUGUUGUUAGUGCUACCACACUCACUGCUGUCCCUUUUCAGGAUUGCACCCAGAAAUCUACUACAUACAACGAAUCUCAGCGGGGAAAAUAGUACCUUCCUCUAUUCUUCAGUAAUCAGCAAUAGUUGAAAUGGGCUCAUCUACAGUUCUGUCCAAAUGUAUUGGCACCCUUGCAAUUCUGUCAGAUCAUGCUAAAUUUCUCCCAGAAAAUGAUUGCAAUUACAAAUGCUUUGGUAGUAAAAUCUUCAUUUAUUUUGCUCACAAUGAAAAAAAAAAAAGAAAGCGAAUGGGGAAAAAAUUAAAUCACUAUCAUUUUACACAAAACUCCAAAAAUGGGCCAGACAAAAGUAUUGGCCCCCUUUGAAAAAUCAUGUGAUGCUACUCUAAUUUGUGUAAUUAACAGCACCUGUUACUUACCUGUGACACAUAAAAGGUGGUGGCAAUCACUAAAUCACACUUGCAGCCAGUUAAAAUGCAUUCAAGUUGACUCAACCUCUGUCCUUGUGUGUACGACAUUCAGCAUGGAGAAAAGAAAGAAGACCAAAAAACUGUCUGAGGACUUGAGAAGCAAAAUUGUGAGGAAGCAUGGGGGCAAUUUCAAGGCGAUAAGUCCAUCUCCAAAGCUGAACUGAAUGUUCCUGUGUCUACCGUGCGCAGUGUCAUCAAUAAGUGUAAAGCCCACGGCACUGUGGUUAACCACCCUAGAUGUAAAUGGAAAAGAAAAAUUGACAAGAGAUUUCAACGAAAGAUUGUGCAGAUGGUGAAUAAAGAACCUCGACUAACAUCCAAACAAGUUCAAGCUGCCCCACAGUCCGAGGGUACGACAGUGUCAACCCGUACUAUCCGUCGACGUCUGAAUGAAAAGGGACUCUAUGAUAGGAUACCCAGAAAGUCCUCACUUCUGAAUCAGAGACGUAAAAAAGCCAGGUUGGAGUUUGCCAAAACUUACCUGAGAAAGCCAAAAACGUUUUCGGGUCAAAAGUAGAGCUUUUUAAGAAAAGGCGUCAACAUAGAGUUUACGGGGGGGGAAACGAGGCCUUCAAUGAAAAGAACACGGUCCCCACUGUCAAGCAUGGCGGAAGUUCCCUGAUGUUUUGGGGUUGCUUUGCUGCCUCUGGCACUGGACUGCUUGACCACGUGCAUGGCUAUAUGAAGUCUGAAGACUAGCAACAAAUUUUGCAGCAUUAUGUGGAAAGCUGGGUCUCCCUCAGAGGUCAUGGGUCUUCCAGAAGGCCAAUGACCCAAAAGCACUAGAAAUGGUUUGAGAGAAAGCACCGAAGACCAGCAAUGAGUCCAGACCUGAAUCCUGUGGAGAGAUCUGAAAAUGGCAACCUUCAAAUCUCAGAGACCUGAAGCAGUUGGCCAAAGAAGAAUGGUCUAAAAUUCCAGCAGAGCAUUGUAAGAAACGUGUCGAUGGAUACCGGAAGCGGUUCUUCGCAGUUAUUUUGUCUACGAAGUAUUAGGCUGAGGGUGCCAAUAGUUUUGCCCGGCCCAUUUUGGGAGUUUUGUAAAAAAAAUGAUCAUGAUUUUUUUCAUUCUCGUUUGUGUUAUUUCAUUGCAAGCAAAAUCAAUGAAGAUAUUACUACCAAAGCAUUUGUAAUUGCAAGCAUUUUCUGGGAGAAAUUGAGCAUUAUCUGACAGAUUUGCAGGGGUGCCAAUACUUUUGGCCAGCACUGUAAUGUUUGGAAUGGUGCCAUCUGCUGGCCAUUGUUCAGCUGUAAAAUUGUAUUGAAUUCACUAUAUAGCAGCAUUAGACAUAUCCUAUUUGAGAAAUGUAAUUGACGAAAAAGGUUUUCUUUUUGUGAUCUUAUUCAUUUCUUAAUUUUAAGCUAAUGUGAACCCUACAUAAAAAAUGAAGAUGAUUUACAUACAACAACUACA